GGCACUCCUGGCCACAAGUUCCAUGGCCGUUCUCGUCCACAACUUGGAAGCUCGAGCAUGACCCACAACUUCGCCGCCGCUGCUUCUCAGUGUUCCAUCGACUUCGAUUCAAUUGCUUCAGUCUUAUCUCCUCCCGCUGAUAGGAAAGGGUGAACACAUUUUGGAUAGUGAGCCAGGGAGAUGAAGAUCCAGUGUGAUGUGUGCGAGAAGGCGCAAGCAGCGGUUAUAUGCUGCGCCGACGAGGCAGCACUCUGCGUCGCCUGCGACGUGGAGAUUCACGCAGCCAACAAGCUGGCAAGCAAGCAUCAAAGGCUUCGACUGGACUGCCUCUCCACCAAGCUCCCUCGCUGUGACAUCUGCCAGGAGAAGGUGGCUUUCAUUUUCUGUGUCGAGGACAGAGCCCUCUUUUGUCAGGACUGUGACGAAUCCAUCCAUGUUGACGGUACCCGUUCUGCAAACCAUCAGCGUUACUUAGCUACUGGAAUCCGUGUAGCUCUGAGCACAAUAUGUAACAAAGACUCCAAUGAUAACAAUGAACCACCCAGUGAAGCGCCGGCUGUAGCAGUUGCCAGUGCCACAAAAGUUCCUGCAACACAAGUCAUUUCAUCAUUCAUGAACUCAGCCUGGGAUGUGGAUGAGUUCCUCCAACUUUCAGACCAUGAAACCAGCCACAAGGGUUCUCCUGUUGGAUUUGGGGAGUUGGACUGGUUUGCAGACAUUGAUAUCUUUCAUGGCCAGAUGCCUAAGGGAAUCCAAACAGCAGCUCAAGUUCCUGAACUCCCUGCUCCACAAGCAAGCAACAUAGGUGUCUUCAGAACCAACAAAUUUACCAAUUCAAAGGCAAGCAACAAUACAGGUUCUUACAGAGCCAACAAAUAUGGCAUGGUGGCCUCCAAGAAGCCAAGACUCGAGUUUAUGGAUGACGAGGAGUUCUUCACUGUCCCUGAUCUUGGAUAAAACACAAAGCUUUGGGCCUCUCGCAUAUGUACUGACGGUCAGACAAGUUUUUAGGUGAGGCAAAAACAUGCAAGUCUAGCUAUAUUUGUGCAAUAGACUCACUACCAUCAGCUGAAGAUAUAUAGAAAGUGCAUUUAAAUUUAAACACUUGAUUAUCAAUGUUGGAAGGGAUAUAUUUUCUCUUUUAUAUCAGCAAAUAUGGUAAUGACUUGCCAAAUAAUAUGCUUGUGUGGAUAUUGUCUA